AUGGAAGGUAUUGGCCAAUUGAUGUUUGCGUCACUCACAGUACCCGAUUGGGAGUCUAGAUGGCAGUCUCUUAUUUUGAAUAAUGGGCUUGAAAACAAUGCGUGGGUGGCUUCUCUUUAUAAUAAGAGGGAUCGCUGGACGGAGGCUUAUUUUAGAGGCCACUUGUUCGGAGGUAUGUGUAGCACACAGAGGUGCGAGGGUAUGAAUUGUCAGUUUAAAAAGCAUAUCUCCAGGUAUACAAAGUUGUCUGAUGUUAUGCCACGAUUGGGGUGGAAACUGAAUCGGUUAAGGGAUCGCGUCAUGCGUGACAACUUCAACAUAAAAAAUAGUACCCCUUUGUUUGAUACUCAUAUGAGGGGCUUCGAGGAGCAAGCGUGCAGAAUAUUCACACAUGACAUAUUUAUUAUGAUUAAGUCUCAAAUCAAAUUUGAGGGGAGGUUUGUCGUUCAUCAAAGUUUCAAGUUUCCUAAUGCUGACUCUAAAGUUUUUUAUGUUAGGCAGUAUGAUAGAGUAGAACGUCGUUGGUGCGUUGAGUAUCGAGGCAACAAUGGAAACCCGGAGUGGUUCUGCUCGUGCAAGAUGUUUGAGUCCGACGGCAUUCCUUGUGCGCACUUGUUCUGUGUAAUGAAAUCCGAGUUGGUUUCAAAUUUCCCAGGCUGUCUCAUUUUAAAGCGAUGGACACGUUUAGUCGGGGAAACAACGUUAGCCCCUGCGAUUUCUGUAAUGUCCAAUGAUAAGUCUGCCCAGAGUGCAAGGUAUGCUGCCCUGCUAAUUCAAGCUGCAGAAGCCUGUUUAAAUUUCUCCAAAUCCCCAGAAAGCUUCAACGAUGCAAUGCUCCAACUUCAGACCUUCAAAGCUAAAUCCAUGGAGUACAAGGAAGUUGGGGAAUUUGCGGAUACCAAUCUUCCUCCCCCUACAGACAGUCCCACUGUUGUGAGGGACCCGUUGAUGUCAAGAACGAAGGGAAUGUCGAGCAACAGACAAGGGCACGCGGACAGUCAAGUUAAGAGAAAUAUAAUAACUUGCGGACGAUGUCAUGAGAUUGGUCACAACUGGCGCACGUGCAAAGGGCACCAAGAUAGAUUUGAGAUCAUUGGUUCAGGCGAUGGACAACCCAUCGAAACUCCAUCGGUGGUUCGUCAGGAAUGGGAACCAUCAAUUCCCGAAUUUUCGUGUGCGGGGAGCGAUCACAUUUCAAGUCCUUCGAGCACAGGUUUACCUACAAACUACUCGCAGCCAACCACUGCCCAACCUAAAAUAUGUAUAUCAAAUCAGCUUAAGGAUUGCAUGUGGCCUGAUAUGGAGUUUCCCCUGUUAUGA